CGAGACGGGUACAAAAAGCUGAGAGGAUCUUUAGCUCACUGACCACAGAAAAAUAGAAAGAUGGGCGGAUCAAUUUUAUCGUCCAUCGAAAUGGAGAUUUUUUUACUGGUGAUGAGUGUGGCUGCUGCAAUAUCAAUAUCCAAUUCCAGUGCCAGUAAAUGCAGUGAUGGGGAGAGAGAAGUGCUCCUCACCUUUAAGCAAAACGUCUUCGACGAGUUCCACCCGCUAAGCUCUUGGGGCAACGCCACUGAAGAUUGUUGCUGCGGUUGGGAGGGAGUUGGGUGUGAUAACCUUACUGGCCAUGUCGUCAAGAUAGAUCUUUCUGGUAUGUUGUAUCUGCGCCCGAAAGUUGGGUAUACUAGCAUUCCAUUCAUUGAUGAGCUGCUCUAUUUGACGUAUUUGAAUCUUGAUGAUAACCCCGAGUUGCUGGAGGGACAGAAUAUCUCAUCUUUGAUUGGGAACCACAAUCAUAAUAGUAACGCUAGUAUUAUACUUUCCCUUCAGCAUCUCAGUCUAAAAUACAGCAGAAUUUAUGGCACCAUUCCUGAAGAUUUUGGAAAGACCAUGCCUGCUCUCAUGCACCUUGAUCUCAGUUAUAAUAGCUUGGAAGGCUCCAUUCCUCAAAAUUUUGGAAAUAACAUGUCUUCCCUCACACACCUUGAUCUCAGUUAUAAUAAUUUAAAAGGUUCUAUUCCUGAUAAUUUUGGAAGGAGCAUGUCUGCCCUCACCCACCUUGAUCUCAGUUAUAAUAGUUUAAAUGGUUCCAUUCCUGAUAAUUUUGGAUAUAGCAUGCCUUCCCUCACACACCUGAAUCUUAGUCGUAAUAGUUUAGAAGGCUCCAUUCCUGAAGAAAUUGGGAACAACAUGCCUGCCCUCAUGCACCUUGAUCUCAGUUAUAAUAGUUUAGAACGUUCCAUUUCGGAAAAUUUUGGAAACAACAUGCCUGCCCUCACACAUCUUGAUAUCAGAUAUAAUAACAUAGAAGGCUUCAUUCCUCAAAAUUUUGGAAACAACAUGCCAGCCCUCACAUACCUUGAUGUCAGUUUUAAUAAGUUAGAAGGUUCCAUUCCUGAAAAGUUUGGAAACGACAUGCCUACCCUCUCAUACCUUGAUCUCAGUUAUAAUAAGUUAGAAGGUUCCAUUCCUGAAAAUUUUGGAAAUAACAUGUCUGCUCUCACGCACCUUGAUAUCAGAGAUAAUAACAUCGAAGGCUCCAUUCCUAAAAAAUUUGGAAAUAGCAUGUCUUCCCUCACACAUCUUAAUUUCAGAUAUAAUAGCUUGGAAGGCUCCAUUCCUCAAAAUUUUGGAAACAACAUGCCAACCCUCACAUACCUUGAUCUCAGUAAUAAUAAGUUAGAAGGUUCCAUUCCUAAAAAGUUUGGAAACGACAUGCCUACCCUCACUUACCUUGAUCUCAGUUAUAAUAAGUUAGAAGGUUCCAUUCCUGAAAAUUUUGGAAAUAACAUGCCUACCCUCACACACCUUGAUCUCAGUUAUAAUAAGUUACAAGGUUCCAUUCCUGAAAAUUUUGGAAACGGCAUACCUGCCCUCACAUACAUGGGAAAUCCUGCGCUAUGUGGAGAUCCGCUUCCUAACAGCUGUCUAGAAGAAGAACCAACUCAUCCUUCUCCACCUGGAUUCAAUGAAGAAGAAGAAGAAGAAGAACAAGAACAAGAAGACCCAGAAGGAGGAGGAGGAGGAGGAGGAGGAGGAGGGGCUUUCAAUAGAGAAGACCCAGAUAAGCUUAUUGGCAGUGAUGAGUUUUAUGCAAGCAUGGGGGUUGGAUAUGCGGUUGGAUUUUUGGGAGUUGUUGUGACAAUGCUAUUCAACAGGUCCUGUAGGUUUGCAUAUUUCAAAGUCCUUCAGGAUGCUGCUAAUUGGGCUUAUGUUGUAGCUGCAAUCCAUAAGGCAAAUUUUGUGAGAAUACUUGGGGGUUAACAUGUCAGCCUGAUUACCUUUAUCCUACGUGCAUUUUUCUUUCAAGUUUUUCUUUAAUACUGGUUUAAUAUGCUGUCAGAUUAAUUUUUUGUGGUGUAGGGGGGGACUUUUGUCUCAAUAAUUAAGUAAUUAUUCUCUAGCCCAUUUUGAUUAAAAUCUUUUUUAUUCCACCUUUGUCAAGCAUGCUCUAAGAAUAUAGAAACACAGUUUCUUUCUGAGUGAACCUAUCUUAUAUUUUCUCUGGUUUUCUUUAGUUUGGAUACACACACACACACAUAUAUAUAUAUUGUUGUGUUUGAUGAAGAAGAGUUUGGAAUUAGCGGAAGAAGAAGCUGCUUAGAGAAGUGUGAUAUUGGUUCAUCCAGAUUGGGGCAUUAAUAUGUGAUGGGGAUCUGAGUCGUCUAUAGCCAAUAAAGGUUGUUUAUAUUUCCCAUUUUUAGAACUAUCUCCCAUUAAAGACAUCCUGUGUUCCAAUUUGCUGCGUUCAGUGUAUUUUUCCUUUCAUUUGAUGACAUAUCAAUCAUGCAUAAGGAUUCCUAAGUUUUUAUUACUUUAUCUAAGCUAUACUUUUUUAUUAUGUUGCUAGCUGAAGAUAAUGAGCUGCACAUUUCAUGUGUUUAUCAAACUUAAACUGUCAGAGGUUCAACAUUAUUAGAUUGACAUUAAUGAAUACAUUUAUUAUAUUCCAUUUGGCAUGAUGUAUGUAUCCUGAUAAUGAAGAACAUGGCCGUGUAUUUUACUGAUCAAAGUGCAGUUAUUUCAUUCUUUAAGAUGGUGUUUUUCAUAUGAUGGGAGAUGAUUUAGUGGUUGGUAGUUGUACAAAUUAAAAGAUUAUUUGGGCACAUUAUAGAAUGAUCCUCCGUAUUUAGAUGGUGAAAACUUAUCAUUUUACUCAAAUGGCUGUAAAAGGUGGACUUGAUGACUUCUUUUAUUAUACGAAUAACAUGUUAUUUCUUCCACAUGCGCAAAUGUAUUGAAAAGAAGAUGUUGUAUGGAAAAGUAUGGUCUCUCAAUUAGGAAGUAUAGUAAGAAUUGUAAGGAGCUUUGACCUAUAGUCAAACAUGUUGAAUGGUGUGAUCCCAACUGAAACCAAAUUGCUUGUUGAAUUGGUUUCUUUGAACUUAUCUGGAAACAAUAUAAGGGGACAGAUUCCUUCAAGGAUUGGUUACUUGGCAAGUGCAUACAUGGGGAAUCCCGGGCUAUGCGGAGAGCCACUCCCUAGCAGUUGUCUAGGAGAAGAACCAACUCAUCCUUCUACACCUGGAUUCAAUGAAGAUACAGAUAACCUUAUUGGUGGUGACUUUUAUGCAAGCAUGGGGUUUGAUAUGUGGUUGCAUUUAUGGGAGUUGUUGGGACAAUGGUAUUCAACAGGUCGUGUAGGUUUGCAUAUUUCAAAGUCCUCAUUGAUUUUGCUGAUUGGGCUUAUGUUGUGGCUGCAAUUCAUAAGGCAAAGUUUGUGAGAAUACUUGAGGGUUAACUAGUCAGGGUAAAUAAUAAAUAUCCUUUAUCUUACAUGCAACUUUUUUACUUGUUUUUUUCUUUUUUCUUUCACAAAUAAUGUUGGCUUUAUACUUGCAGUUGGUUUAGCUAGUGGUAUUGAUCUAAUAAUUUGUUUGCAAAUAUGAUGUGGAGUCUCUUCAAUGUAUUCAAUUGUGAUUAAAAAAAAAUCGUUUUAUUUCUAUUUAUUUGCCAGGCAAAGCUUAAGUCUGGUGGUAAAAAUUUUAAAAUGGUGAAAAAGCUAAGCCAUUAAGUCUUAGUCCUGAUUCCUGAAACCCCAUGCUCAAGUCAAUGUAGAGUCUAAUUAAUGUCACUUUGGAAAGAGGGUUUUGGAGGGCCAAGUUUGUUGAGAUUUUUGUAACACUCCAUCUGGCAUGGUAUAUGUAUCAUGAUAAUGAAGAACAUGGCUGUGUAUUUUACUGAUCAAAGUAAAAUGAGAUUUUACUGUUCUUUCAUUUUAUUAAGUUGGUGUUUUUUAUAUUAAGAGAGAUGAUUUAGCAGUUGGCAGUUGUAGAAAUUAAAAGAUGGAAAUAUUUGGGCACAUUAUAGAAUGAUCCUCCAUAUUUAGAUGGUGAAAACUUAUCAAUGUAACUCUGUUUAUGAAUCACUACACUCCAUGUUUCUGGAGAGUUUCUUUACUGGAUUACCCAUUUAAGUUUCCUUUCUUGAUGCUCUCCAGUUUAUAAUCCUAUUUUCUAUAUUUGUGAUGGAUUAAAUAUAAACACAAAUUCCUUCAAAAAAAAAAUAUAAACACAAAUACACAACAGAAUUAGUAUUUCUCCUUGUCUAUUAUGAUUACUUUACUUUCUACUACUAAUCUAUAAAGCUUAAACAGAAAAAUGACCAUGCUAAUGGUUAUGCUUGGGUCUGAACACUUCUAUUACACACCAAUAUCCUGCCAUUUCCAUCCAUCUUGCAAAAUCACUUGCAAUAAAAGAUUCAUUCCAAAUAUCUCCUGCAAGAUAUCAGUGGCUAGGUUUCCUAGGAGUCCUAAAGCUGCUCCAGGAAAGUCCUUUGAAUAUGGAAUUUUGUUUAAAUCCAAACUCCACGUUACUUGGAUGAUUUUUCGGAAAUUCAAAGUCUAAGAGACUAAGAUUUUGUAUGGAUGUGGAUGUUCUUAUGGAGUCAUGUUAGAGGAGGGGUUUUGUUGAAUCCAGGGGUGAGACUCUGCAUAGUGCUUCGCAGGAAGCGUCACUAAAGAUGAAAGUGAAUAUACAAAAGAUUUAGGAAGUUCAAAGGAGCCUGUGGAAGGAAUAAAACACUGUCCCCAAUGAGGCAGUGAAGCUGGUCCAAGAAGGGCUGGUCUAGGUGAACUUGGCCUGGUCAAGAAUUUCUCUUUAGGUGGAGAUUGUGAUGGGGCUUGAGGAGAGUUUGGAAUCACAGUAGAAGAAGACAGUGCUCUGAGUAUUGCUACAGUUCAAGAUGCUGCGGUUUGAUUGAGGAUCUGAUAUCCACGAAAGCUUAAAUGUUAUCCCAAUUUUCCAUAUUUUGACAAACUAGGUGAUCAAGGAGACAUCACCUAGAUGGUCUGUUAAAACCUUGUUGUAAUUAUUUCAUUUGAUGAUACCUCUCGUCAUGUUUGGGAUAUUUAUUACUUGAAAUGUAAUCAGGCAAAAAUCCUGAUAAUUUUUCUUCAUGUUGUUCUAGUUGAGUAAUACUUCCUUUGUCCCCUAUAAUUGUCUCAUUUUUUCAUUUUUGGAUGUUCCCAUAUUAUUGUCUCAUACCAUAACAUUUGUGUGACUCUAAUUCAUUAUUACUUUAUUAUCACUUUAUCAACUCAUUAUCAACCAUAUAAUUCUACUUUUCUUAAAAACCGCAUCACUCUCUUUCGUCCCAAUAAUAGGGGGACGGAGGGAGUAUUAGUUAAUUGUUAAAUGUUUAAUUCAUACACCCCUUGUGUGUGCAACGGAUGCCAAUGAGACAACGAUACACAAAAUGAGACACAUACCAAUAAAAGUGAGUUUAUGUGAUUGAUAGUGAAUUGAUUAAGUAAGAAUGAUUUAGAAUCACACAAAUCUUACUAAAUUUGGUAUGAACCAAUUUUAAUAAGAUGGACCGAAAAGGAAAAUUGGUACAAUCUUACCGGGACAGAGAAAGUACUCCCUCCGUCCCAUUUUAUCUGUUAUACUUUUCUUUUUGUGUUGUUCCAAAAUAAGUGUUGCAUUUCUCAUAUCUGAAAGAAAUAUGUGUUGUACAACAUUUCACUAUAUUAAACUCAAAUCUCAACCCCAAUUUUUAUUGUUUCAACUACUUUAUAAAUAAUCAUGUCAAGUUAAAGUAGAACACAUAAAAUGAGACAAAAGUACUACGGAGUACUCCCUUCGUCCCUAAAUGUUGUUCCAAUUGCGGAUUACGAAGGUUGACCGACGAUAAAGUUAAAUGAUCCAUGUGAAAACUUGGAUUAUUUUUAGUAAAUAAAAUUUACAUAUUCAGAAACUACAUUAAACUCGCUACAAAGCCUGCAAAAAAUAAUUCAACUUUUAUAAAAUUUUGAUAUAAAAAGUAAGAGUUUGAGAGUGAUUUAAGUUGACCCUCAAUCAACGAAAUGUCACAUUAGUGAUUUAAUGUGACAUGAUUAGGGGUGGACUCGGGCCGGGCCAACCGGCCCGCUACUGUGCGGGCCCGGACCGGCCCGGUCAACCGGUUGGUCAACCGGUUCGGGCCACCCGGCCCGGAGGUAUACCGGUUCGGGCUCGGGCCCUGAUUUUGGCGAACCGGCCCGGCCGGUUCGGGCCCGGUCCGGGCCGGAUUUUAAUUUUUUUUUUUUUUUUUUUUUUGAAAUUUUUUUAAAUUUUGGGUUGGAUUAGGUAUUUUGGGCCAUUUGAGGUGGUUUGGGGUAGUUUGGGGUUGAGGGGGAGGGGUAGGGGGUUAAAAAUGAGAACCAAAAAAAAAAAAAAAUUACUUGGGCGGUUCGGCCCGGCCCGGUUUGGCCCGGAACCGGAACCGGAACCGCCCCCCGGCGGUUCGGGCCCGGGCCCUAUAUUUCUGGCCCAAGGCCCGGCCGGGCCCAGGCCCGAACCGGGCUUGAACCGGCCCGAGUCCACCCCUGGACAUGAUGUCACAUGUGGACCAUGCAUCUCAGAUGCUCUAAAGCGUGUAUGAGGUGUCGUUGACUUCAUUUGAGACGAGUUGACUUGGUAGCGCGUGGGAUGGAAGUUGAAAAUGCACGAGGAUCUUUAGCUCACUGACCACAGAAAAGAGUUUUUUCCACUUUUAGUCCUCCGACUAUUACGUCAUUGACAUUUUUGGUACUCGACUUUGAUUUUUUCCACUUUUAGUCCUUGACUAUUGCGCUAGAGACACUUCUGGUACCCGUCUUUGAAAAUUUCCAUAUUUAGUCCUUCAACUUUCAUAAAAGUGACACAUUUGGUCCUUCAACUAUUAUAAUAGUUACUUUUUUAGUCCUUCACUUAUUGUGUCAAAUUUAUAAUGGAAGGACUAAAAGUGUCAAUUUGACAAUACUCAGGGACUAAAUGUGGGAAACCUUGAAGUCUGGGACUAAAAGUGUCUCUAGCACAAUAGUCAAGGACUAAAAAUGGAACAAUUAGAAGUCGAGUACCAAAAGUGUUAUUGACAUAAUAGUCAAGGGACCAAAAAUGGCAAAAACUCCCACAGAAAAUUAGAAAGAUGGGCGGAUCAAUUUUAUCGUCCAUUGAAAUGGAGAGUUUUUUACUGGUGAUGAGUGUGGCUGCUGCAAUAUCAAUAUCCAAUUCCAGUGCCAGUAAAUGCAGUGAUGGGGAGAGAGAAGUGCUCCUCACCUUUAAGCAAAACGUCUUCGACGAGUUCCACCCGCUAAGCUCUUGGGGCAACGCCACUGAAGAUUGUUGCUGCGGUUGGGAGGGAGUUGGGUGUGAUAACCUUACUGGCCAUGUCGUCAAGAUAGAUCUUUCUGGUAUGUGGAGAUUGUGAUGGGGCUUGAGGAGAGUUUGGAAUCACAGUAGGUGAAGACAGUGCUCUGAGUAUUGCUACAGUUCAAGAUGUUGCAGGUUUGAUUGAGGAUCUGAUAGCCAAGAAAGCUUAAAUGUUAUCCCAAUUUUCCAUAUUUUGGCAAACUAGGUGAUCAAGGAGGCAUCACCUAGAUGUUGAGUAAUUUUAGUUAAUUACAAAUCGGAUGACAAUGCCAACGCCUCCCAGCAAAGGAUACAACAGAUGAAAAGGAGAAAGAGGCACUCUAAUACAAAUAUACAAUGACCCUGAACCAGUCAAGCAGUAGCAGCAUUACAUUUCCUGAGGCGUGAAGGUAUUAAUUAAGAGUAUUUGUCGGAUUAGAAAUGAGAUUUACAACCACCAAGGAUGUAAUUUCAAGAAAACUCCCGGAUCAUAAUAUACUUGUACUUGUAAGAGAAGAAGGUUAUUACGUUAUUCUGGUAAAACAUCUCCCAAUAAUUCGUGUUUUACAUGAUUUAUUAAAUUAUGA